GAGCAGAUUAAUAGAUUUAAUUUAUUUAAUUAAACACUGGGUCACCAAAAGAGGUCAUUAGUAUUUCAACAAAAUGUAAAAUAUACAGAGUUGUGAAUGACAACGAUUAUCUUUUGUUGAACAGCUGAAACACAUGGGCCCCAGAGGUCCGACCACAUCUGAUGAAGAGCGAUAACAAAAUUUCUAAAUUCUUAAAAAUACUAAGACAGAAGGAAGGAAUAUUAGUAGGAGAGAAUAAAAAACAUGUUUAACAUAGAUACCUGUUUUGUUGUUUUAGAAGCGCAGGGUCACCUGCAUACACCAAGUUGUUGUGAAAUUCUCUCAGCCACGGGUGAUCAUUAUGCUGACCGACAUCAUAGAUGGAAUUCUGUGUUGUUUAUCUGGGAAGUCUGCAAACAUUGUGGUCCCUAUUAAAACGUCUGAGCCUGCAGACCAUUUCGAGUUUAUGGAGGCAAAGCCUGGCAGAGUGAUACGUAUCUGUCAUAUUAUCCCUCAGCGAGCUGUGAUAGAGGAACCAGAUACAGGAGAGGUGGGUACAUUGAGCUGUAAGAGGAAAAUCACUAUGUAUCACAAUGGACAGUUAUUCAUUGAGAACAUGAGUGAAGCAACUCACCCAGAGCUGGUGGGCUGCCAAAAUGGAGAGAGUGCUGUGGAAGUGGAUGUUCUGGACAGUAACAACACAGCAUCAGGACAGGCUGUAGAGUCCAGCAUGGCAGGAACACAUGAGCAGCCACAGCGCAGAUGGUGCAAGCCCAAGCGCACCGUGAUAAUCGACUGUGAACGCAAGAUCACCCGGUGCAAAGAGACACACCCUGAUGUGGCCUUGUUCUUCAUUCAUGGAGUAGGAGGCUCUAUGGAUAUUUGGGAGAACCAGCUGGACUAUUUCUCUCAGCUCGGUUAUGAGGUGAUCGCACCAGACCUAGCCGGCCAUGGAGCCAGCUCUGCACCUCAAAUCACAGCUGCCUACACAUUUUACGCCCUUGCUGAUGAUGUAAGAAUCAUAUUCAUGAGAUAUGCAAAACGACGGAAUAUUCUCAUUGGGCAUUCCUAUGGAGUGUCUUUCUGCACCUUUCUGGCUCAUGAGUAUCCAGAUCAAGUUCACAAAGUGGUGAUGAUUAACGGUGGUGGCCCUACUGCCCUGGAACCCAGCCUCUGUUCGGUCUUCAAUCUGCCAUCAUGUGUACUCCACUGGUUGUCGCCAUGCCUAUCGUGGAGCUUCCUCAUGGCUGGUUUUGCUCAUCAUGGCCCGAAGGAAAAGAAACUUCUGAAAGAAAAAAAUGCCUUCAAUGUAUCGUCUUUUGUGCUGCGGUCAACAAUGAAUGGGCAGUACUGGCCAGAGGGUGAUGAGGUGUACCAUGCUGAACUCACUGUGCCAAUCCUCCUGGUACAUGGCAUGUAUGACAGGUUUGUGCCAAUACAAGAGGAUCAGCGCAUGGCAGAGAUACUACUUCUGGGCUUCUUGAAAGUCAUCGAAGAAGGAAGUCAUAUGGUGAUGAUGGAGUGCCCUGAUACAGUCAAUACUUUGUUGCAUGAAUUUUUUCUUUGGCAGCCAGCCACUGCCUACAAACCCAAACCAGAAACAGCAUUUCCACCAAACGCUAGCAAAAUCAACACCUCUAAAGAAACAGCAGGGCUGACCACUGUAAUACUAGAGCAAGACUCAAAGCCAAUAACUCUCCAAAAGACUACUACAUGUGCAUGAGUACACAAUGGAAAUUAGGCAGAUUCAUCAGUGUAAGAGAACAUCACAGAUUUUCAACAGUGAGGAGAAUGUUAUAUUUUCUACUAUAUACAUAGUUGUAAACUGUCUUAAUGGCACACAUUUCUCCUCCCGAGAAGUAAAGGAAAAUAUAAAGAUUCCAACUCAGUCUAUAGCUGACUCUACAUUAGACUCUUUACAUGUGUCUUCCACUCUCAGUAAACAAAUAUCACCCACCUAAGGCAGACAUGGGAUGUUUCUAAUUUUCAUAUCCAGUUUUUUAAGAGCUUUAAAGUAUGCCAUUUUCUAUUGUUUAAUGACUUUCAUGAAUUCAUCUGAAUUUUUCACCUAAAAG